AUGAUGGAUGGGAUUCUCGUUAAACAGACAUCAGGGCGAAAAAAGGCAGAAAAAGUCAAUGGUCUUGUUGAUCACUCCGGUCGGAUACCAUUAUUGAGGCCUUCUACACUCUCCAUCAUUGAUCGUAUGCCUUUUGCCUUUUCUUUUGGUUGCUCUGGAAGUCAAACAGCUGAUGAGUCUGAAGUUGCUGCGCCUCUCUUCUAUCCGCAAAUUCCAAUAGUUGACAUAGCACCCCGGAGAAAGGUGGUUUGGGUGUGGAUUUGUUGCGUGUGUGGUUAUGGAGGUAUGAAGGUCUCUGUCGAUCCUUGUCCCAACUGCUGCAACCCACGCUGUCCGAAUUGUGAUACUCGACGAAUCAAUACUCGCUCUCAUAAAGACUCUCAUUUUCAAAGAGGCUCUUUAUCACCUGGAAACGUUGAAGCCGAGACCGGACCAGCAUCCGAGCUGGACCUCCUACCUGUAGUACACAAUGGCCCUCCCGGAGUCCCAUCCAGGUACUUUGACUGGGUAGUCACAGCCACUUCAGUUAUAUGGACUGAACAAGAUGAAUGGAAGAAACAAUACAGGAUGGUCAAGUACUCAGCUUCAGAGCAUAACAGACCCUUCACCGAGAUGCUGAGAGAAAGGAAUGGCUAUGAUUGCCCAGAGAUCUCGUUUGUGAUGGACAGACAUCCGUCAACUCGUGGCGAACGCGAAACAUUAUGUGUUGAAGCUUUCUGCCAGGGUGCUGAUUUGGUUCUUGAUGGAAUUGACCCGAAUGAACUUUUAGGCCAUCAGUUAGCAAAUGUGGACGAGCCCAGAGCCUGGAUAUCGGAUCGAAACUACUGGCUUCUCAUAGAUACUGGCGCCGAGAAUCCCCUGUAUGAGAAUGUAUUAGGUCGUCUUGAGUUUUACAAGGUUUUACAGAACGAGCGGUUUCGUGAGGGUCCAUCAGGAGAGAUGAUUGGUCCCAUACGACAUCUUCCAACUCCAAGCAUCAAAUUGAAAUUAUCUGACUUCUGGAACACAAGCUACGUUAUCAGCUUCACUUUGCCAUUUUAUGCGAUUGGUCUCAGUGGAAGACAAGACAAACGUACGCUUCAUGACCCGGAACGCAAGUUCCGCGCUCGCUACCUCUUGGAUUCUUUGAAUAUACAGGAACUACGUCCACUUCUAGGACACUCAGAAGAUUCAUGCCUAGAGGGGAAACUCGUACUACACGAGGGGGUGUAUUCGUUCGCCACGACCGGUGUGACUGAGGAGCAUUGGACAGCAUACUGCUUUGAUGAUGACUUUUUCGAGAGUGAACCGCGACUAUUAGAGGAGGGAGAAGAACUCGAGAGCUCGGAAGGGUUUGUUGACCCGAUUAUAGUCGAGGUUGAGGUGAAGGACACAGCAACCCAGUGGCGUCCAAGGCAAUAUUCGCUUGUUGCUUUGGCGAUUCAACUCGACAAGAUCCAUGGACAUCACGCACGUAUACAUGAUGUGUUCAAACACAGUCUGGACUCCUAUACACCCAGUGCCAGAUACGGCCCCAGCAAGAACCUCAACCCCUCGAACAAACAAGACUGGAAACAGUUCCCUGAACUAUUAAGUAAGGUGAUAUUCUAUAAUACCAAGAUCAUCGAAGAAGUCGAGAACUUCCUGGAGAAUGAUAUCCAGUUGAGCCCAGUCAGCGUUCCUCAAGGGGAGCUCUGGCAGAGCCUACGAAGUGACGUCAAAGCUCUAAAGGCUUUACGUGCAAUCGAGGGAAUACUCAAAGAGCUGAAAGAUAUUGGAGACAAACUUGAGGAGACAAAGAGAUCGUUCAAGGAACUCAGGCGUGAAAAGAAGCUCGACCGUGCAGAUGAGCAGCAAAUUAGAGAAGAACGAUCAAAGGAGCUCGCAGUUGCAGCAGUUGUAAUUAUGCCUCUCUUGUCCCUAGAUGAAAGCAAGGCUAACAUGACACAGGCCUUUGCCAUCCUGUCCCUGAUCGCUCAAGUUUAUAGCGGCAAACCACAGAAAGGCGACGAAGCAUCAUGGCCCGGAUACCUCUUUCUCGUGGCAUCUUUUAUUGUCAUAUGUGCAGCAGGCAUAUUAUACAUGCUACGAAAACAUGUUGCUCUUCAUGGUAAAGCGCUCUUGGCAAAGCUUAAUGGAUUCCUGACGACAACGGGGCUUGAUCGACGAUAUAAUAACAUGAACUCACCAUCUGACUCACUUCUCUCUUCUCUCAACACCAUCACGGAAACCAUCGUGGCUAUGGCAGUGACAACUUGUUCUGUCAGUGGAAUCGAGACCCUUCUGGGAAAGGCAGGGCUGGACACACCUAUCCCAGAAUACCCAGGUGCAGACAUUGUGCACAAUCCGCAGGAUAUAUUCCGAGUUUACCUCGCCGAAACUAUCCAGAAACUCACCAAUUGCGAUAGGCUGGUUGCCUAUGAUGCUAUCCAAACAUCCAAUGUUACGGGAAUGGGGGACCUUGUGGUCGUUGCCCCAAGACUGAGACUUAAGGACGUCAAUAACGAAGACCUCGCCAAGGACCUUCUUCAAAAGUUACCAAGACUACCCCCUUUUGGAUGUCCCAUUCGGGAUGGUAUCCGUCUCCAAGUCUUCUUCUCACCAAACACGCUGUCUCGACUUUCGCUAUCUUAUAUCAGUGAUAGAAAUGAAUCGUACGGAUAUGACACGUCUUUAGGACUUACUGAUCCGGCUGUACCUGACGGACAAAAGAAGAAAGUCAUUGUAGAGUACUCAUCCCCCAACAUGGCGAGCGAGUUUCAAGUAUCACACUUGCGCAGCACGCUUUUAGGCCCCUAUGUGGCAAACAUUCAUGCCCGUAUGGGCUGUGACGUUGUUAGAAUGAAUUACUUGGGAGAUUGGGGAAAACAAAUUGGCCUCCUUGCUGCCGGUUGGCAGCGCUUCGGCUCAGAGGAUGAGUUUGCGAAGCAGCCUCUUCGUCAUCUCCUUCAAGUGAAGCACAAAAUCGAAGAGUUAUUCAAGCCAGAAGUGGAGAAGUGCAAGGCUAUGAAAGCGAACGACCAAGACACUUCGGAGAUUGAAUCACAAGGGUUGUAUGCCGAGCGAGAUGAUUUCUUCAAGAAGAUGGAGGACAAGGACCCGGAAGCCAUUGCAUUGUGGCAACGCUUCAGAGACGCUACUGUAAAAGAUUUGGCAGACUCAUACGCACGACUUGGGGUAACGUUUGAUGAGUAUUCUGGAGAAUCACAGGUUACUUCCGAGUCCGUUGCUGAGGUGGAACAAGCUUUGAAAGAGAAGGGGGUUUAUGAAGAGCACGAUGAUUCCUGGCAAAUCGACUUUUCGAAACAUGAGGCAAAGGGGUUAUCCAUCGCGGUAUUGCGAUACAGAAAUGGAACCACCUCGUAUCUGUUGCGCGAUGUUGCUGCAGUUCUCGACCGAUUCAAGGCACACUCAUUCGACAAAAUGAUCUAUGUUGCCGCGAUGGAGCAAGAGAUGCAUUUCAACCGAGUCAUCAAGACACUAAAGCUCAUGGAUCGUCAGGAUCUUGCCGACCGCAUCCAACACACAUCUUUUGCCAAGAUCAAUAGCCUUCCAGAGGAGUUGAAAGGUGCAGAGCUGUUGAGUGAUUACCUUGACGGUUGCCGGUCCAUGGUACAGGCUGACCUCGAAGAGGAAGACGAGGAAGUGUCCCAUGUUGACAGUUCGGAGAGGUCAGUGGAUAUACUUGGUCUUGCUGGCCUGUUUGUUCAGGAUCAUUACCACAAGCGCAACACAUCUUACACAAGCGACGCGAAAAAGAUGGCACCCCUUGAAGGAGAAACAGGGGCGGCUAUUCAAAACUGUUAUGCCAGACUCUUGAAGAAAUUAGGACCGGAACCCGCCACCUUCGACUACACAACCCUAGACUACACCUCAUUAGAAUCAGAGGACUAUGCCGAACUAUUGCGCAUACUUCUGCAAUACCCAGAUGCAGCACAUGGGUCGUUCAGGUCACUCGAGCCAUCUUUUAUAGUCGUUUACCUGCUGCGCCUAGUUGAUCAACUAAUGGUCACUCUCGAUGAUGACGAUAAGAAAGAUUGGGCCGGCCAAGAAUCUGCGAGCGAAGCAAGACUUGCACUCUACGAGAAUGCAAGGCAGGUUUUUGAGAAUGCGCUGAAGCUCCUAGGUGUCACCCCUUGGAACCUUUGA